AUGGGGCCCCCUGUUGGACCCCAGGCGCCGCGCGAGCCGGGGUUACCUGCCGACGAAGAGAUCGCCAACUUCAACCUGACUGAGGUAUACGCAGCCCUGUCGAAGAUCGAGAGCACCGAUCAAUACAUUGUGGCGUGGGAAGCCGCAGCCGGCAAAGGCCCCGCGGCGAAUAUGCGCCACCGCGAAGGCCGGCGACUGCGGUACAAGCUGGACGACAAACGCAAGGUGCUGCGCGCGGCCGCCAACGAACUGUCGAGGGACCAGAUCCGCCGGCUCACCAUCCUCGAGAUGCCCGCCGAGGUGCUGCUCAAGGCCUUCGAGUACUUCCGUCAUCCCGGCGUGGAACCAGGCCUGGUCGGGUGGUCGUGGCCGGAGCUCAACACCAACGAGCACUCGUACCAGCGCGAGCGGCAGAACCUCUGCGACGCGCGGCUGGUCUGUCGGGCGUUCGAAGCGUGUGCCUCGCCCAUCCUAUUCUCCUUUGCCGCGGUGAGUCUGUCCCAGGCAUCCCUCGACCGGUUCGUCGCCCUCUCCCGCUGUCCCGGCCUGGCGCGCGCGCUUGCCGCCGACUUCAACCGGUUCUAUGGACAUCGCUCGAGGCUCGAACCAUACUCUCACGUGGCUGGGAUGACAAUGCCCGAGCAUCGCGCCGCGUUCCACCGGGCCCAUGAAGGGUAUCGCCGCGCGCACGAGGAACAACACCAGCUGAUCGCCAGCGGUGACUUUGUGAGAACGGUGGCCGAAUCGGUGGAGAGAAUGCCCAACGUCAUCACGAUGGGGGUGACGGAUCGCGAGAAUACCAUCAUGGAUUACGCACGCUACGUGGAGUAUGAGAAGGAAGGCCAGCCUGAGCCCGCCCACCUGCACACGCGCCUCCUCGACCCUCUGCCCUGGAGACACACCGAGCACCCCCCUGCCAGAGUCCUCUUCGAGCUCCCCGUCGCCGUCCACGCCACAGGCUGUGCCCUGCAGCACGUCUCCCUCGACUCGCUGCGACUCGUAGACGCAUUUCCGUCGACGACGGGCCCCAACCUGGGCACCCCGGAUUCCUUCUCCCAGCUAAGCGCCGCCUGCCAGGACCUCCGCAGCGUCAGCACCGGCGAUCCGAACGAGUGGUGGGCGGGCAGCCGCCGGGAGAUUCUGACCUUCGACCGGACGGCGGCGACCAAGUACCUCCACGCGCUGCUGUCCAGCCGGCAUGUCGAGCGCGUGCAGAUCGCUCUGCGGCCGAUGCUGGGUCCGGAUUCCCAAUCUUUCGCCCACGAGUUUGACGUCGGCCCGCUGGUCCGCCGCGUGCAGUGGCCGUGUCUCCGCGAGCUGUCCCUGAUGUGUGUGGUGAUGGAGGAGGAAGACCUGCGGGAGUUGCUCGUGCACCUGGAAAACUCCUCCCUGCAGCGAAUCAGCCUGGCCUACGUGCACUUCCGCGCCGGCAGCUGGCCCGAUAUCCUCGACACCUGGCGUGAGGCCGUUCGCGAGAAUCGUUACCGCCACCCGCUCCGAGUCACGUUCAACUCCCCGUCCGAGCGUGAGAAAAGCUACGACUUCGCGUUGACCUGGCAGCGGGCGGCCAUGUAUGUCGUGGGGGCGGACGGCGUGUUCAGUAACCCUUUUCGACUCCGUAAUGCAUGGACGAAGAUUGAUAAUGCAGAGGAUAGUGGGUAG